UAUACUGAAUGCCCAUGUUUUAUCCUAUCGUUUAAAAAGUACAAAAGAUGGGAUGGAUAAAUAUUUCUUAAGGGACUGUAUUGGAAUUACAGUGGCCCAAUAAAAGAGAGUACUCUUCUGGUAGAAAUAAAAAUAAUUGAUGAAACAUUGACUUAAGCUGAGCUUUGGCCAAAUGCUUAAUAUGGAUCUGCAUCUGAUUUUAAAUUUAGUGGUACAUUGGGAGAACCAGAAGUUGUAAAAGUAAAAUAUAGAAGUUGUUAUUAAUACAAAGAUGAAACAAAAAUUAUUACCAGGAUUAUUCAAGUUGGAGACGAAUUGGCUCCAGAGCCUUUUGAUACCCUGAGUGAGGACUCUGUGACAGUGUGAGCUGAUUCUUCCCUGGCCCCAUGGAGGACACCUGAAGCACAAAACGGAACACAUUUCCAACUUGCUGUCCAUGGGACAGGUGAUCAAGAGCCUAUCUGGUCAUGACUAUGAUGACUGAUUUUGUCACCAAGUGUGUGAAUUUUGUGAAUAAUACUCAGACAAAUGCAAAAUGGCAAGAGUAGAGUAGAAAAUUUUUACUUCUCUUUUUCCAUCCACUUUAUCGUCUUCAUAUCACCUAUAGAAAAGAACCCAAAAGAUGUAUUUGCCUCUUUUGUGGAUACAUUGGCAGAGUUACUUGUAGUGUUUGGAAAUUUUUAAGUCCCAGUAUAAGAUAUAAGAAUGAGGAUUAAAAAAAACUUGUGGUUUAUUUAUACAGUGAAUACUACUCAGCAAUAAGAAGGAAUAAACUAAUGAUACAUAGAACCAUAUGGAAGUACCUCAAAAACAUGCCAUGGGAAAUGAUUACACAAAAGAGUACAUGCUUUCUGGAGUAAUGGUAAUUUUCUCUGUGUUGGUAGGGAUUUGGUUUACAAGGGUGUAUGCAUUUGCUCAAACUCAGCAAAUGUGUACUUAAGAUUUGUGUAUUUCAUUGUAUGUAAAUUUUACACCAAAUAUUGAACUCUAGUUAGUGAUACCCAUGGUGUAUUAUUUAAGAGGAAAUGCAUUGAUGAUUGUAGUUUACUUUGAAAUAUGUAAAAAAUAAGAUGAGUUGAUGAACAGAUGGAUCAUAAAAGUACAGUGAAAUGUUAAUGGCAGAAUUAGGUGGUGGGUAUAUGGAUGUUCACUAUAACAUUCUUUCAGUUUUAUUGUAUAUUUAAAAGUGUUCAUUAUAAAAUAUUGAGAAAAAAGAAUUGCAUUUUUAUUUCCUAAGGUUAUAUGAUAUUUAACAAAAUAUUUUAAAGUCUCCAUUUAUUGUAGGUUGAUGGUUUGCUUUCUGAGAGUCGACUGAAAGGAGCUCUAGAAGCCAGUGAGAGGCGAGAUAUUUACCAGAGAUGUAUCCAAUUAAAACAGGCAAUCGAUGAAAAUAAAAAUGCUCUUCAAAAAUUAAACAAAGCUGAUGAACCUGCACCUGUUGGGAACUAUAAUCAGAAGAAAGAGGAGGAGCAGAGUCUUUUGGAGAAGCUUACCCACCAGCUGCAGGAACUUGCUGUGUCCAUAAGUAGAGAAAGCGUAACUGAAAUUGGGGCGCCUACUGAAAGAGAGGGAGAUGACGAUUCUGUUGAAGAUGAGGUAGAGGAAGAAGAGGAAGAUGAAGAAGAAAGUGAAGAAAGUAGGGGGAAAGAAGAAGAAACAGAAGAGGAAGAGGAAGAGGAAGAGAGACAGGAAGGUGACUCUCAGCAAGAGGCCGCAGGUGGAGAAUACAUCGCUAUUGGAGAUUUUACGGCUCAGCAAGUCGGAGAUCUUACAUUUAAGAAAGGGGAAAUUCUCCUUGUAAUUGAAAAACACCCCGACGGUUGGUGGAUGGCUAAGAACUCCAAAGGAGACAAAGGUCUUAUUCCCAGAACAUACCUGGAGCCCUGUAAUAAAGAAGAAGGCCAGGAAUCAAGUGAAGAAGGCAGCGAAGAAGGUGUGGAGGCCGGGGAAGAAACGGCAGAGGAAGCAGAAGUGAAACAAAGACCUGAAUCUCAUUGGAGCACUGUCCGAAAAGCCAUCUCAGAGAUAAACACCGUCGACAUGUUAACCGCGAUGGGAGCCAUUCCGGCGGGGUUCCGGCCUUCCACACUCUCCCAGCUGCUGGAGGAAGGGACUCAGUUUCGAGCAAGCUACUUCUUACAGCCAGAGCUCACUCCUUCACAGCUGGCCUUCAGAGACCUGACGUGGGAUGCUAAAGCGGGCUCGAUUAGGUCGAGACCAAGCCGUGUUUCAUUGAUUCUGACCCUCUGGAGCUGUAAAAUGAUUCCUCUUCCAGGAUCGAGCAUCCAGGUUCUCAGCAGACACGUGCGCCUCUGUGUAUUUGAUGGCAACAAGGUUCUGAGCAACAUUCACACAGUCAGGGCCACGUGGCAACCUAAAAAGCCCAAGACGUGGGCCUUCUCUCCCCAGGUUACGGGCAUCUUGCCGUGCUUGCUCGACGGUGAUUGUUUCAUCAGGUCCAAUUCUUCAUCUCCAGAUCUUGGGAUAUUAUUUGAACUUGGAAUUUCUUAUAUUCGCAAUUCAACUGGUGAAAGAGGAGAAUUAAGUUGUGGCUGGGUGUUCCUGAAACUUUUCGAUGCCAGUGGAAUUCCUAUUCCAGCAAAAACUUACGAACUCUUCCUGAAUGGAGGCACCCCUUAUGAAAAAGGUGUUGAAGUGGACCCUUCAGUAUCCAGAAGAGCACACAGUAGUGUUUUCCAUCAGAUGAUGACAAUGAGAAGGCGGCCUCAACUUCUAGUAAAACUAAGAUCUUUGAACGGAAGAUCAAGAAACAUGCUAAGCCUCCUGCCAGAAACGUUAAUCGGAAGUAUGUGCUCCGUUCACUUGUUGAUAUUUUAUCGCCAGAUUCUUGGUGACGUGCUCCUGAGAGACAGGACGAGCCCUGACAGUGCUGAUUUAAUUAGUAAUCCUGUGCUGGCCACCUUCCCCAAGCUCUUAGAGCAGCCUGACCUCAUGGAUGCACUCAGGAGCUCCUGGGCUGAGAAAGAAAGUACAUUAAAAAGAUCGGAGAAGAGAGACAGGGAGUUCCUGAAGGCUGUGUUUCUCCUGGUUUACCACGACUGCGCGCUCCCCCUCCUCCACUCCACACUCCUGCCCCCGUUCAGAUGGGCGGAAGAAGAGACCGAGGCCGCCCGCUGGAAGGUCAUCGCCGGCUUCCUCAAGCAGAACCAAGAGAACGAGGGUGCCCUCCAAGCUCUGCUGUCGCCCGAGGGAAUCCAUGAGCCUUUUGACAUCUCAGAGCAGACCUAUGACUUCUUGGGUGAAAUCAGAAAGAUCGCGACCUGACAGUGGUGGUCCUGACCCUCCCCACAGGACCUGAUGGGCCCUCCACAAUGACCUGAGUAAAGUGACAAAACCAGAAGUAACUGUCACAGUAUAACAGGCUUUAUUCUUUUUGGUACCGGCCACAUUCUGUAAGAAAUAUUUAUUAAUUUGAAUAUGUGUUAACAUAAUAAAAGACACUUUUAUAAGGAAUUCUGUUAUAUCUAAAUUUAAAGAGAAUUUUUUUCAGAAACUAACUCACAAAUUUAAGUUGCCUAUAGAUUUGUAUAAAAGCAAGAUACUAUCAAAAGCUAAAUUUAUGAUUAUUUAAGAAAGUGAAAAUGCAGCCCACAGAACAGGAGAAGAUAUUUGCAAAUGAUAGAUCUGAGAAGAGUCUUGGAUCCAGAAUGUAUAAAUGUAUGAUUUUUGCUAAUAACAUGUAUAUUGUGAAAUGAAAUGAAGGGGAGAUCAGAGUAAUCUAUUUGAGAAAGUUAUUAAUUGCUUAAUUCAGUCUAAUAUUUGAAUGUGGUUUAUUCUUACUAGAAAAUAAAGCAGAAUCUAGUUUUGCCUUCUCAA